GGUGCGCUCCAGCGGUACUUCCGGCCCACCGGAAGUGACGACAGGCAGCUGGAAAAGAGGCUUGUAACGUAGGCCGUAGAGCAGGACUGGAUGAUGGUGGAUUAAUGAGCAGACCGGCCACCGGAUGUUGUGAGGAGGAUAGCGGAGGGGAUGGAUUCCCUGCUCGCCUCCGCCAGCCGCUCUGAGGACGAGGACUCCUCCGCCGGACAUAAGAGGAGCCUCCCCCAGGGCUCUGGCCUCAUACCCAAGAGGAGGAGCUCGUCCAGGUUCAUUAAAAGAAAGAAAUUUGAUGAUGAAUUGGUUGAGAGCAGUCUUGCCAAAUCCUCCAGUCGGCCACGAGGCCCCAGUGGAGGAGAAUCUGGAAGAUUAUCUGGCAGUGAACCUUCAUCCAGCGAGAAGAAGAAGCAAGUUUGCAAGACAGUACCUACACCAGCUCCACCAUCCCCUGCCCCAAGCCCCAGCAUUACCAAAAGGAUAAAGAAGAGUAAGCAGCCACUGCAGGUUACCAAGGACUUGGGUAGAUGGAAGCCGGCUGAUGACUUGCUUCUUAUCAACACAGUACUUCAGACCAAUGAUCUGCAGGCCGUGCAUCUUGGUGUAAAGUUCAGCUGUCGUUUCACUCUAAAUGAAAUACAGGAGCGGUGGUAUGCUCUUCUGUACGACCCGGUCAUCUCAAAACUAGCAUGCCAGGCAAUCCGACAGCUACAUCCAGAGGCCAUCGCUGCUAUUCAAAGCAAGGUGCUGUUCAGCAAGGCAGAAGAACAAUUGCUCAGUACAAUCAGCUCGAGCUCUCAACCUACACUGGACACCUUUCAAGACCUACUUAACAAACAUCCUGAGGUUUUCUAUAUGUCGCGCACAGCCAAGUCUCUCCAGGUGCACUGGCAGCUUAUGAAGCAGUACUAUCUUCUGGAGGACCAAACAGUUCAGCCUUUACCCAAGGGAGAUCAAGUCCUAAACUUUUCCGACGCAGAGGACAUGCUUGAUGACACCAAACUUAGAGAUUGCCGAGAUGAAGUACUAGAACACGAGCUUACUGUUGCUGACCGUCGCCAGAAGCGUGAGAUCCGUCAACUAGAGCAGGAGCUGCAUCGCUGGCAAGUGCUAGUGGACAGUAUAACGGGUAUGAGCUCUCCAGAUUUUGAUACGCAGACAUUGGCGGUUUUACGCGGGCGCAUGGUGCGAUAUCUUAUGAGGUCCCGAGAGAUUACUCUAGGUAGAGCAACAAAGGACAACCAGAUUGAUGUGGACCUAUCACUAGAAGGUCCAGCAUGGAAAAUUUCUCGCAAACAAGGUGUUAUAAAGCUGAAGAACAAUGGGGACUUUUUCAUUGCAAAUGAGGGAAGAAGAGCUCUUUAUAUCGAUGGUCGUCCUGUUUUGCCAGGGAGCAAGUGGAAGCUAAGUCACAACUCUGUGGUGGAGAUAUCCGGCCUCCGCUUUGUGUUCCUUAUCAAUCAGGAUCUCAUAGCUCUCAUAAAAGCUGAAGCUGCCAAGAUGAUUCCAUCUUGAGGAAAGCCGAGGUUGAACUGCAGUUGAGCCCAUUCAGAAGUUUGUACAUAGCUUAUGUCUCCUGUUUUUCUGUGCUUCAAAACACAAAUCCUUUUGCAGGAGAUCCUGGACUACAGUCUGACAGCUAAUGGGUAGCCGGAGACAGGCUGUUACCGAGGACAAGAAGAGGCCCCAUCCUGUAUUCAGAUUUAAGGAUGUUGUUUGUUAUAUAGUGUAGGGGAUUUUCUGUUAAUAUUUUUGGAUGUUUUUGUAAUAAGUUUUUUUUUUUUU